ACACCACGAGAUUUCCACUCGCACGCCCAGCUUCCAUCACCAACAACUACCCAACCACCCAGCACCCGACAACCCCCCUCAACACCGACAAAAUGACUGGCGGAACCACCGUUCGCGAUGUUGAUGCGCAGAAGUUCAUCAACGCCUACGCUGCUUUCUUGAAGCGUCAGGGCAAGCUCCCCAUCCCUGGUUGGGUCGACACUGUCAAGACUGGUGUCGCCAAGGAGCUCCCUCCCCAGGACAUUGACUGGUACUACAUCCGCGCCGCCUCCAUCGCGCGCCACGUCUACCUCCGCAAGACCGUCGGUGUCGGCCGUCUGCGCAAGGUCCACGGUACCGCCAAGAACCGUGGUGCGCGCCCCUCCAAGCACAUUGACGCCUCGGGCUCCGUCGACCGCAAGGUCCUCCAGUCCCUCGAGAAGAUUGGUGUCCUCGAGCAGGAUGAGGACAAGGGUGGACGCCGCAUCACCCAGGCCGGCCAGCGUGAUUUGGACCGUAUCGCCCAGACCACCGCUGAGGCCGAGGAGGAGGACGAGGACGACGAGUAGAUUUCUUCCACUAUUUCUUGCACAGCGACUGAGGAAUGAUUAAAAAGAAAGAAAGGCCUACUUUGGUGCUUUACGAGGGCGGGGAAUAUACCGGCGUACGGGUCUUUUUGGGUUGUCAUGUAUGAAUGAGACUACCCCGAAUUGGGUCAUUCGGUGCACCUUGAACCCGUCCAUCCAUACCUUUCUCCCUUCUUUCGCGAUCAUGUGUGAGCCCGACU